AGAGGUUAAAUUGAAUAAUUACCUUUUUCUAUCAGAUUCUUUCGUUUCACGCAGAAACGCAUGAUCAAUGAUGAGCCUAAUUUUAUUAUAAUCGAAGCAAUGAAUCCUAUGCGAUCGACAACUUUCCGGAGCGGUGAGGAAUCAAGAUCAACACGUAACGAAGAUCACAAUAGUUUAGCAGUUUUACGUUUAAGAAUCGAAGAAAAGAAGCAGAGGCGCAGACGAGAAUGGCAACGCCAGCAAGAGCGAGAGAGACAACAUGAAAAAUUGAAACAGCAAAAAAUUUUAGAAUAUGAAAGGAAACGUGCACAAGCUUUAAAAUAUGCUGAGGAAAAAUCCUCGCGUCACAGUCGAAGUAAAAGUGAUAGUGAGUCUCCCUCGCAUGUUCGGUACAGAGGUAGAUCUACAUCAACUGCUUCCAAAUCUGGUAGCCUUCAUGAAAAAUUAGAUGGGUCUACAAGUGGAACAGUACCUUUAUUCAGAGGUCCUCAGAAUGCACAGAUUGAUACUUCGGAACUACGUAAAAUUAGAAUUGAAAUUCAUAGGAAUAUUCCUGUAACAGGAUCUGUUAUGGAAUUAGAAAGAGAUAUACAAUACUUAAUCCUGUAGAUGUGAUCAUCAAAAGAGGAUGGAAAUCAUCAUAUUGGAAGAUACAUGUAUUUUGAAAUCAUCUGGAAGAUCUCAUCGAGAUUUUGUUUUUAGUACAUGCGUAGGGAAAAGGGGGAUAAGAUGACGAAGUUGGUAAGGUAACGAAUUGUUAAUUUUUUAAAGAUAAUAAUAGAUGAAAAGCAGAUGGUUAAUUCAUUAAAGGCUUUAGGUAAUAAUACACAAUCUCUUAUAGUUUGAAUUCAAUCCGACUACAAAAAUA